AAGACGAGGAGCCAACUGUGACGGCGACGCAUCGCCGCGUCCAUCAUGGCGGCGCCGCGAAUGUCGCACACGCAGUUCAUCGAGCUCCUCCGCCGCCGCGCCUCCUGCCCCCGCCACGGCGAGGCCCUCCACGCCUGGGCGCUCAAGUCCGGCGCCGCCUCCCACGCGCCCGUCGCCAACUCCCUCAUCGGCUUCUACGCCUCCCUCCCGCGGCCUCUCCUCCCCGCUGCCUUCGCCGUGUUCGACGAGGUCCCGCCCGCCGCCCGCGACGUCGCCUCCUGGAACUCCCUCCUCAACCCGCUCUCCCGCCACAGCCCGCUCCACGCGCUCUCCCACUUCCGCUCCAUGCUCUCCUCCUCCACCGUCCUCCCGUCCCCCCACUCCUUCGCCGCCGCCUUCACCGCCGCCGCCCGCGCGGCCUGCUUGUCCGCCGGCACCGCGGCCCACGCCCUCGCUUGUAAGAUCCCCUCGGUGUCCAAUGUGUACGUGUCCACCAGCCUGCUCAACAUGUACUGUAAGCUGGGCAUUGUUUCCGAUGCUCGCAAAGUGUUCGACGAAAUGCCGCAGCACAACUCAUUUUCCUGGUCCAGCAUGGUGGCAGGGUAUGCUGCAGACAAAUGCUCAGUGGAGGCAUUCGAUCUCUUCCGACUAAUGCUUGAAGAGUGCCCAUCUGAGAAAAGCGAGUUUGUUGUCACAGCAGUUCUCAGCGCCGUUAGUGUGCCAUUUGGUUUGCUGAUGGGGGUGCAGAUGCAUGGACUGACUGUGAAGGACGGGCUGCUGGAUUUUGUAUCUGUGGAAAACUCGCUUGUCACAAUGUAUGCUAAAGCUGAGUGUAUGGGUGAUGCAUUGCAUGUGUUUGAGUCAUCGAGGGAGAGGAAUUCGAUCACUUGGUCCGCAAUGGUUACUGGGUAUGCACAAAACGGUGAGUCAGACAGUGCAAUUAGUAUGUUCUCACAGAUGCAUGCUGCAGGGUUCUCACCAACAGGGUUCACUUUAGUUGGGCUACUCAAUGCGUGUAGUGAUUUGGGAGCAUUGGCAGUAGGGAAGCAGGCCCAUAAUUUGAUGGUGAAGCUUGGAUUUGAGGUUCAGAUAUAUGUGAAAAGCGCACUGGUGGACAUGUAUGCGAAAUGUGGUUGUAUUGGUGAUGCAAAGGAAGGGUUUGAUCAGUUGUAUGAGGUUGACACCGUCCUUUGGACUGCGAUGGUUGCUGGGCAUGUGCAGAAUGGGGAGCAUGAGGAAGCCCUGACACUGUAUGCCAGGAUGGACAAGGAAGGUAUCAUACCCAGUUACUUGACUAUUGUUAGUGCUCUGAAAGCAUGUUCUGACAUUGCAGCACUGGAGCCAGGGAAACAAUUGCACACACAAAUCCUGAAAUUUGGGUUAGGUUUGGGAGCCCCUGUUGGAAGUGCCUUGUCUACGAUGUAUUCAAAGUGUGGGAGCCUUGAAGAUGGCAUGUCUGUCUUCAGAAGGAUGCCUGCUAGGGAUGUUAUUGCAUGGAACUCGAUCAUUUCUGGUUUUUCACAAAAUGGUUGUGGCAAUGGUGCACUGGAUCUGUUUGAAGAAAUGAAGAUGGAGGGCACUAUACCUGAUCAUAUAACAUUCAUUAAUAUAUUGUGUGCUUGCAGUCAUAUGGGUCUAGUUGACAGAGGAUGGGAAUAUUUUAGAUCAAUGGUGAAAGAUUAUGGUUUAAUUCCUUGGCUGGACCACUAUGCUUGCAUGGUUGAUAUUCUUAGCCGAGCAGGGAUGCUUAAGGAAGCAAAGGAUUUCAUAGAUUCCAUUACUAUCGACCAUGGAACAUGUUUGUGGCGUAUAGUACUAGGAGCAUGUCGCUCUCUGCGAGAUUUUGAUGUCGGGGCAUAUGCCGGUGAACGGUUGAUGGAAUUAGGUACUGGAGAUUCCUCAGCAUAUAUAUUGUUGUCAAACAUCUAUGCUUCCCAGAGAAAAUGGAAUGAUGUUGAAAGGGUGAGGCAUUUGAUGAGACUGCGAGGAAUUAACAAAGAUCCUGGAUGUAGUUGGGUUGAGCUUAACAGCCAAGUUCAUGUGUUUGUAGUUGGGGAACAGCAGCAUCCUGAAGCAGAAAAUAUAAAUGUAGAGCUGAGAAGGCUAGCUAAACACAUGAAGGAAGAAGGAUACCACCCAACAUCUAAUUUCUCAUUUGAUGAAGAGCUAGAUCCGCUGGCAGAACAUUAUGAAGAAGAUCAACUGGAAUGGAUAUCUGCAGCCUACAGCUGACUUCGUAAAGGACAUGACAAUUUGUUCGCUGGAUGAAGAAAUAUGAACAGGUGCUGUAGGGUAGAUUUCAUGCCAUAGGUGGUGCCUCGGGGGGCUCAGAAGAGAGAACUUGGAUUGCUCGAGGAUGAGGACAUUGCUAAUUUGGCCUCUGCAGCGUCUGCUCAGAGCGGUGAAUUUGCAGAGAAGGAUGCAUCAAAGGAGAAUAAUUCUUUAGAAGUGGCUAAGAGCCAAGAUCAUUCAGAGAGAGCCUUCUACAAGGAGCUGGUUAAAGUUAUUGAAGCUUCUGAUGUGAUUCUUGAGGUUCUCGAUGCCAAGGAUCCGUUGGGCACUCAUUGUGUUGACAUGGAAAAGAUAGUCAGGAAGGCUGACCCCAGUAAACGGAUUGUGCUACUUCUCAACAAGAUAUGUAUAUUGCAAGUUUUGUUUGUGUUUGGAGUUUACUCAUGUUAUGUUUGAUGCUGUGCAACAUCUCAAUUUCAAGCUGUGCCAUCUAGAUCUUGUCCCCAAGGAGUCUGUAGAGAAGUGGCUUACAUAGCUAAUAGGGGAAAUGCCUACUGUUGCAUUCAAGUGCAAUGCCCAAGAGCAGAGGACAAAACUGGGAUGGAAAUCAUCAAAGCUUGAUAAAUCAAGCAAUAUACCACAAAGCAGUGAUUGCCUUGGUGCUGAGAACCUGAUCAAAUUACUCAAGAAUUAUUCCAGGAGUCAUGAGGUAACUUAUCAAUGAUUCAAUGGGCAGUGUACAUGGACUGUUGUUAGAGUUUAAUUGUUGAAAUAAUUUAAAAUUGUUAAAAUUGGCAAAGCUUCCAAUUGGUGUACCUCACUUUCCUUCCUCUAGACAUCACGGAACAGUAAGGGCCAUCCACUAGAAAGAUACAGCGGGUACUCUUGAACAUAUCUAUGUACUACUUUAAAAGAAGACAAUGGUGGUAGCAGAGAAUUUGCCAUCCCACCACCUAUUGUUUUCUUUACCAACUACUUUAUGUCCUUUAGUGUUAAAAAUAGUCUUUCUAUAUGUUAUUAAUAUCAUAUUUCAUCUUUAGAAUACAAGUUUA